AUUACGCCAGUUAUAAUGGAGUGCAUGCAAUUAUUGUUCCGCUUAAUCAUAUACUUUAUGCAUAACACUCUCGAAUUUCCAUAUAAUUGCAGUCUAUCUAAUGUGCGUAUCGUGCUGCUGGUCCGAGAUCCGCGGGGCACAAUGCAGUCUCGGCGUCAUCGCGUCUGGUGUGCGGGCAACGAGGAUUGCGAGGAUCCCGCGCUGGUCUGUCAGGAUCUGGUCGAUGACUACAGGACGGCGGAGAAACUGCUGAAAGCAUAUCCAGGACGUUUUAGGACUUUGCGCUAUGAGGAUCUCUCGCUGAAUCCGUAUGACAUGACUCAGGAUAUUUUACAGUUCUACGGACUGCCCUUUGAUCCGGCUGUCGAAGAGUUUCUGGAUACGCAUACCAAGGAGAACAAGGGCGGCGUUAGUUCCACAUAUCGUGAUUCCAGAUCGGCGCCAUUCCACUGGAAACAGGAUCUCAAGGCGGAGGAGAUCAAACAAAUUCAGGAUGUUUGCACGGAGGCCAUGGAGCUGUGGGGCUAUCGGCGCAUGGCGAAUUUCAGUAACUUUUCGAUGCUACAGCAGAGCUUCGAUCCGAUUGUGCUGCCGCCACCAUUUACGUGAAUCGAUUUGUGGCUAUCGAUAACUGAUAACGAUAACUAAUUCUUCUACUUGGUACAUUUUGUUGUGAUAUCGUCGUGUUGAGCGAGCAAAAAGGAAAUGAAACAAAAUUUAUUUAAACGAUUUAUAGCUGGCGCAAUAAUUCAUUUAAUAUUAUAAUUGAUUUAAUAUUUGUAUUUCAUUUGAAUUUUCUUUCUUUCUUUUUUUGCUGUUGCCAAACACGCAAAACACACUUACUGAGCAAUAGUUAAUACCACAUACGAUAACUAUAUACACAUAUACAAUAUAUACAUAUAUGAUAUACAUAUAUGGAUUACGAUAAUUGCAUAAUUUUAGUAAUUGGCGAAUUUUUGUGUAGAUCGAAUAUCAAAUAUAUAUUAGGCGUAGCAUUUAAGCGAACAAUAACUGAGAAAAUAGUCUAUAGCACGAGCGGGCAAAUGCAAAAACAAAUGCAAAAUAUACAACAAAAGGUAAUUAAGCUUAACUCCAUGUAAAUUAUUUAGGCAAAAAAAAAAAAAACAUUUUUGUAAUUUUCUGCUUUAAAA